AUGGUUCGGAACGGCCCAAACUCCCUUCGUGGAAGUGUAUCGACAUUGUCCCUCCGAGCAAGAGUGGAGGACGACAUCGAGCGAGAACAUCGUGAACGCAUCGCAGAGCUACAGUUUCAACUGGCAGAGUCAGAGCAAAAGAUGGCAGAUGCAGAAAAAAAGAUUGCCGCGAGCCAGGCAGUUACGAACGGCAUUCUAUCCAACCUGCACGGCACAACAGUCGGAGACGCGCUUGGCCGUGCUGAAACUGGGGAGGAAGCCAUGUUACGGUACCAGCGGUCUGCGGAGGAAAGAAUACGCCGCCUGCACCAGGCGACUGGUGGUCGAAUCACAUUAGAAGACACAUUUCAUUAUGAUCCGACGUUCAAGAGCUUAUUCGAAAAGUUCAAUGAGAGCAGGCAGGCUGUCCGACAGAGCCUCAUCUCCAACGGACUGAUGUUGGGAGGAAGCACACUCAAGAGUCCAGAAGCAUACUGCCAGCCUUUUUGCGACUUCUUGACCGAGAAUCCAACGGUGUUCCAUGCGGUUGACUAUUUCGGCACCAAGUUAGAGAAAGCUGGAUUCAGGAAGCUAUCGGAACGCAAAGCCUGGACAGAUGAGCUCAAGCUUGGUGGAAAAUAUUAUGUUACAAGAAAUGGAAGCUCUCUUAUCGCUUUUACGGUUGGUGGUGGGUAUGCCAGUGGGAAUGGUGUUGCAAUGGUUGCAGGACACGUCGAUGCGUUGACGGCUCGCCUAAAGCCUGUCAGCAACAAGAAGACAUCGGCUGGUUAUGUCCAACUCGGUGUUGCGCCUUACGCUGGUGCUCUUAACACAACUUGGUGGGAUCGUGAUCUUGGUAUCGGCGGAAGAGUUCUUGUCAAGGAUGCAGAUACUGGAAAGAUUACUACAAAGUUGGUGAAGUUGGGCUGGCCCAUUGCCAAAAUCCCAACUCUGGCUCCACACUUUGGUGUCGGUAUGCUUGGAACGAACAAUGCAGAGACGGAAGCCGUUCCCAUUAUCGGACUUGAUGACUCGAGUGCUUCAUCAACCGAAGAUUUCCAGAAUCAGACCCUUGGUGGCGUUGGGAGCUUUGCCGCCACGCAGCCACCGAAGCUCGUCAGAGCUAUUGCUGGAGAACUCAGCAUUCAAGACUACUCUUCAAUCGUCAAUUGGGAGCUUGAGCUUUAUGACAUUCAGCCUGCACAGUGUGGUGGACUGGAGAAGGAAUUUAUAUUUGGAGGACGUAUCGAUGAUAAGAUUUGUUCCUGGGCAGCUAUCGAGGGUCUCCUUGCAGCAGAACCAACCUCUGAAAGUGAUGGCUUGAUCAAAUUGGUUGGCGUCUUCGAUGACGAAGAGAUUGGAUCGCAGCUUCGCCAAGGUGCAAAGAGUAACUUCCUGCCUGGCACUGUUGAGCGCAUCACGGAAGCAUUCUCCAAGUCCGGAUCCAGCGCCAACGUCCUCUCCCAAACUUACGCCAACUCUUUCCUCAUCUCGGCAGAUGUCACUCAUGCAGUGAACCCUAACUUCUUGGGUCGUUACCUCGAAAACCAUGCACCAAGAUUGAACGUUGGAAUGGCCAUCGCCGCGGAUUCGAAUGGACACAUGACUACGGACUCUGUCUCAACUGCUCUCCUUACUCGUGUAGCCGAGAAGAGUGGCAACAAGCUCCAAAUCUUCCAAAUCCGCAAUGAUUCCAGAAGCGGAGGAACUGUUGGUCCAAUGCUUAGCUCUGCGAUGGGUGUUCGAGCUAUCGAUGCCGGUAUCGCUCAGCUGAGCAUGCAUAGCAUUCGUGCGACCGUUGGAUCAUCAGACCCUGGUCUGGGAGUCAAAUUGUUCAAGGGUUAUUUCGAUCACUUUGAGAGCGUUGACGCAGAAUUUGAAUAG